AUGGGACCAAAGAAGGUGGUAGUGCUUUCUGGAUACGAGACAGUGAAAGAUGCCCUCGUCAAUUAUGGUGAUCAAUUUGGGGAACGGUCUCAAGUGCCUAUAUUUGAAAGGCUUUUCGAAGGAAAAGGAAUUGCUUUCUCUCACGGUGAAGCUUGGAAAACUAUGAGAAGAUUCAGUCUGACUACCUUACGGAACUUUGGAAUGGGCAAACGGAUCAUUGAAGACACAAUUAUAGAGGAAUGCCAGCAUCUCGUACAGAACUUUGAGUCUCACAGAGGAAAGCCCUUUGAGGUCAAAACAAUAAUGAAUGCUUCCGUUGCUAACGUCAUUGUGUCAGUGCUGUUUGGAAAACGGUUUGACUACCAAGACACCCAAUUUCUGAGACUCCUAAGCUUGAUUGGUGAAAAUGUGAAACUCAUUGGAAGCCCUAGAAUUGUGCUUUUCAACAUGUUUCCUGUCUUGGGGUUCCUCCUAAAAAGUCAUAAGACAGUACUCAGGAAUAGAGAUGAAUUAUUUUCUUUUAUAAGGAUGACUUUCCUAGAUCACCGUCAUAAACUUGACAAAAAUGAUCUCAGAAGUUUCAUUGAUGCCUUUUUGGUCAGGCAGGAGGAGGAGAAAUAUACAUCUACUGACUAUUUCAGUGAUGACAAUUUGGUGGCACUUGUUAGUAAUCUGUUUGUGGCAGGUACAGAGACCACGGCCUCCACACUGCGCUGGGGGCUUCUGCUCAUGAUGCGCUAUCCCAAGGUCCAGAACUCUAACUACUCCCCAUCUUAUCCAGAAAAGGUCAGUGAUGAGAUCACCAAGGUUGUGGGCUCGGCCCAACCUCGAAUCGCACACCGAACUCAAAUGCCGUACACAGAUGCUGUCAUUCACGAAGUACAGAGAUUUGCUAAUAUCCUGCCCACAGGCUUACCCCAUGCAACCACCACAAAUACUACAUUUAAAAAUUAUUAUAUUCCAAAGGGCACUGAGGUCAUCACUUUGCUGACCUCUGUACUUCAGGAUGAAACACAGUGGGAAAAACCAGACACAUUUAAUCCUGAGCACUUCCUCAGCUCGACUGGAAAGUUUAUCAAGAAAGCAGCUUUCAUGCCCUUUUCAGUAGGUCCCCGGAUGUGUGCUGGUGAGUCAUUGGCCAAGAUGGAGCUUUUCCUAUUCUUCACCAGCCUUAUGCAGAAGUUUACCUUCCAGCCACCCCCUGGAGUCUCCCUUCUGGACCUGGACCUCACUCCGGACACUGGCUUCACUGCUCAACCAAGGCCUCACAAGAUACGUGCUCUGCUCCGGGCCUAG